AUGUCCCCCUCUAUCCUUUCCUCCUCCGUGUCUACACAGAAAGACAUGGACGCGUUGCCAAUCGUCAAUUACCGCCUCAUAAACUUUGAUUCUGGCCUCUAUCGUCGGCAGAUCGAGCACUUUGAAUACUACUGGGGUCUCCAAAGAGGGGAGAUUGAUCUCUCCUCGCCACUCAACCACGUUCAGCUUCGCAGCGACAUGGCCGAACGUAUGGAUAGAUCCGAGUGGGCCCUUCUUCCCACUAAGCGAACUAUCGACACUAUCAAUGCUCUGUCUGAAUACAACAAAAGCGCAGACUUGCAUGAGAGGAAGCGGUUUACCGAAGAACUUCCUGAGCAGGAGUAUGAAUACGAGUUCGUGCCACUACACAUAGCCAAGCGAGACCGCCCCUCCAUUUACCUCAAACGAGGUUCCACCUCAAGGUCGAUCAACAAGGCCUACUCGAAGAUGCCUCGCAUCAAGUCGCAUGCGCAUCCACUGUUUGUCAUCUUUCGCGCGGACAGCCUUAUCCUUACUGGCUCUCCAUCGCUACCAAAGGUCAAGAAGGAACGACUUAGUACCCGCGCCUCCGAGUCCGGGUCCUCCAACAGCGACACGGGCACCACUUUCUCGGCAGUCGAUCUCCGCGAAUGGUUGAGCUCUAUCAGCCCGGCGAAGACGAAGCGCGCACCUCCCCCAUCACCGGGCCGGGACGCUGUUCUCGGUCGAUAUCGCAAGGAACCCGCCCGCGCCCCCGCCAACGCCCUUCGUGUCUCAACGUUCUAUGUUUUCGGUGGACUGGUGGGAGGCGUCGAUGACGGUAACAAUCGGGCUGUCUACAGCAGCAACGACUGGGCGAGGCAUAACUAUCGCACAUGCCUAUGGGCCGACUCGCAGCGCAGGUCGACGGGCUGCGCGGCUUUGCGGCGCCCGUACUGUGCGCCACCAUGCCCGGUCGCCGGUCGGUCGUUCUGCGGAUGCAUCGCAAUCAAGGCCGACGUCUUGCACGGCGGGAAGAACUAUCAGAUGUCUUCGAGUGUAUGGUUGCGCGCGUUGUCAACGCAGCAAGAUAUGGAUGCGCUGCCGAUUGUCAGUUUCCGCCUUGUGGACUUGGACGCGGGCCUGUACCGUCGGCAGUUAGGUGAACUCGAUCUCGCGACUCCCCUCAACCAUAUUGAACGCGAAUGGACGCUAGUCGCCACCAAGCAGGUCUUGGACUCGAUCUCUAGACUGGUCGAAGUCAAUAGCAAGCUACUUCCGGAGAAAGUCUACGAGUACGAGUUCGUGCCCUUGACCCUGAAGGACUAUUCACGGUUGCCUCUCUACGUCGAUGACGGGACGUCUGUGAAGAAGAUGAGGGCGCCAUAUGCCCACCUACCUCGCAUCAAGUCUCGCGCGCACCCCCUCUUCGUAGCCUUCUGUGCCGACACUCGAUUCACCUCCUAUGAAACUUCCGAACGAUCCAAAGUAGGCCGGCUUGCAGGGCUCAUCGACGAUAUCAUACAUCCCUGGCGAGUUCCGCCUCCUCUUGAAUUCGUUAUUGUACCAGACAUAUGGAAGCCCCAUCGUCAUCCUCUGAGCGAUGAUGGCUCCGAGGCUCGCGCGGCUCUGAAAACCGUCAACCACGAAAGUCCACGGCAGCUAUUGCGCGCGCUACGGCGCUCGGCAAGGGCACCAUACCCCACGGCGAAGGCACCAGAUUCAAAGCCCUCCAUCUACGACUAUCGGCUGAAACCGACAUGCCCAAAGUCCGCUGUCCUGCCUCGCAGCGUUCUUUCCGGGCAAUCUGACGUUACCGAUGGAAGAGGCGCUGAAUACAUCGCAAGGGACGUUCAGCCUUGGCUGGACGAUGUCUGCCGCGAGGCGGACGGCGACACAGGCGACCUAGACGAUGACGAGAACGCGCAAUCAGACGCGUACGAGCGCGAGGUGGCCCGCGACCCCGAGAACGCGUUGAAGCCCACGAAGUUCACCAGCAUCGGCCGCGUCCUCAAGUGCGGCGCCUACGUCCGCGAUCGGUCGGGCUACUCAAGUAACGAUUGGGCGCUAUAUCUCUAUCGCAAGUGUCUGUGGUCUUCGAAGCCACCGUCGGGGAUCUACUAG